AGCCCGGGCCUGUGCAAGGAGCACGCUGGGAGCGCUUUGGUGUCCUAGCUGAGGGCGAGAUUAGGAACCAGGAAAGCCACCCGCGCGUGCGGCAGCGGGUGCAAGGUUGGCUGAAAGGCCCCUCCAGCUGCGAUCGCGUGUGCCCCCGUGGUGGGACCUGCGCACUAGGCCCUAGGUACCGGCAGGACACGUGCUCCGGGCCCCCCACCCCCCUCCCCGGGUCCUCUCGUGUCCAACCGCAACCACGGAAUCCUCUUCAGAGUUCUGGAGAGACGCUCGCGCCGGGAAGGGGCUUUACUAAUUGCAGGAAGUGAGCACGAGGAAGAAGUGGCAGAGAUCAAGGGGAGGAGGGAAGGGAGGAGGAGGAGCAGCAGCAGCAGCAGGGCAGCCCGAAGAGCCCUAGAGUCGCGCAUUGCCACGCAGGAGAUUGGGUCCCGGCGAUCCUGCUGUUCUUUGGGGUCCCAGAGGCUGCCCAGCCCAGCUCGGACAUUCGUCUGUCCCCUCCCGGUCUUCAUGGCUUCUCCGGAUGACCCUCUGCGCUCAGAUCACAUAAAGGAGCCGGUGGAGGACACAGACCCCAGCACUUUAUCCUUUGCUAUGUCAGACAAGUAUCCCAUUCAAGACACCGGCCUCCCUAAAGCCAAGGAGUGUGAUACAGUCAGUUCCAGCUGCCCACCAAAUUCUGAUGAUCAACAUCAGGGAGAAGAAAAUGACUUUGUAGACAGCACUGGAGAUCCCCUUUCAGGUGUCAGUAAAAACCAGCCAUGUAAGGAAGGCUGCUCUUGCUCCUCCUGUUCACCCCGGGUCCCCACCAUCAGUGACUUACUCAAUGAUCAGGACUUGCUAGAUGUGAUCAGGAUAAAGCUAGACCCGUGUCACCCGACCGUGAAGAACUGGAGGAAUUUUGCCAGCAAAUGGGGCAUGCCCUAUGACGAACUGUGCUUCCUGGAACAGAGGCCUCAGAGCCCCACACUGGCCUUCUUAUUCCGAAACAGUCAGAGGACUGUGGUCCAACUGAUGGAGCUCUGCCGACUUUACCACAGGGUUGACGUGGAGAAGAUCCUGCGCAGGUGGGUGGAUGAGGAGUGGCCGCACCGGGGACACUCGGACAGUUCCAUGCACUUCUAGAAUCCCCUUCUGGCAUUGGCCUUUCUGCCUGCGGGACCAGCACUCGUCACAGGGGGAGAUGUGCCUGCUCUUGAGAUUUUCAGAUGAGGAUGUGGAAUGGGCAAUGGCUGUCCCUGAAGCUGGUGGCUUGUGGAAGGAUGGGUUCUGUUUCGGUGGCAGGUAUUUGUUUCUUUUUGCACAUCUGUUUUUAUUUAAUAUUUGAACCUGGAAUUGGGAAAGAAUAUUUUGUAGGUCGUAUCUAGAGCCAAGGCCUAUGGGUGGGACAGAACCGUGCCAGCAUGAAAAGAAAAUGACCCUCUCCUUAGGUACUGCUAAAGAUUGUAGCGGGAUCCCAAAUUGUUGAUGUCUCUGGACAUGACCAUGUCAUCCUAUGCAGAACCCUUGCAUUCCCAGCCUCGCAGAAGAUGGCAUGGAGAAGUCACCCUGGCCUGUUCACUGUUAUUGUUUCUGUCGCAAAAGGUUUAGAAGAUCAAGAGGAUACUGUAUGAUGUGGCCUGGAUUCAAGGGCCAUUUUUUUAUUCAAACGCUUUUGUAAUCUAUGGGCUACUAGUACUGUCCCUGGGUUUAGUAUUUUUAAAAGAAAUACAAACUUUCUGGUUUGAAGAACAGCAGAAUGGGUUGGUGUCAUGGGAAUGGCACUGACCAAGAAUAGUACUUAAUAUUCCCUCUUGGGGGCUGGGGAGAUGCUCAGUGGCUAAAGUGCUCUCUGCACAAGCGUGAGGACCAGGGUUCAUGAGGACCAGGGUUCAGGUCCCCAGAACCCAUGGAAUGAGGGGAUGUGUGGCACCUGUGAUUUCAGUGCUCAGAAGGGAGAGACAGAUGUCCUCAGAUGGAGCAAGCUGCCUAGCUAGGGCUAGUCAAAGGGGUAAGCUCUGGGAUCAACUGAGAGACUCCUUUUCAAUGCACAAUGUAGAGAUCAAUUGAAGAAAAAUGUCAACAUCAGCUUUGGGACUCUGUAUGCACACAUGCACAUGUGCAUCUACAUACACAUGCAACAACACACCAAUCACACACGUGCAUGUGCAUCUGCAUAUACAUGCAACAACAACAACAACACACACACAAAUCUUUCUAAAUUCCAUUUGGGGAGCCUGAGGACAUGGGUCAAUGAGUAAAGCGCUUGGCUUAUCAGUACGAGGACCUGAGUUCAGUCACCAGCACCCCCGUAAAAGCCAGACAUAGCAGCAUGUGCCUGUAACCCCAGCACUAGAGAAUCAGAUCCAGGAACUCACUGGACAGCCAACAUAGCCAAAUUGGGAAAGCCACUGUCUCAAAAAGGAAGGUCAAUGUGAAGAGUGAUUGAGGAAGAUACCUAAGGUCAACCUCUGACCUGUGUGCGCAUGCGUGCACGCACGCCUGUUUGUUAUCCAAGCCUCUUUUUUUGGUGCUAGGGGUGGAACUGAGGACCUUGAACAUGUUCAGCCUGCGCUCUACCACUGAACUACACCUGCACUCCUGUUAUUCCUGGAAUUUCUAAAAUUUUUUUAUUCUUCACUCAUACACUACACCCCAAUUGCAGUUUCCCCUACCUCCGCUCCUCCCAGUUCCCCUCCACACAUAUCUCCUCUCCCCCAGAUCCACUCCUCCUCCACUUCCCUUCAGAAAG